CGAACCCUUCUCCUCUUCCUCCCCUCGGUCCGAUGGCUCAACCUGAUCCUCUUCAGGCCAAUUCCGGGUCAGAUGGGAGGAAUGAGAAGGAAGCUCAGCCAAAUCGCGGUGCCCCAAUCCUACCCCCGCUUCGCAGUAUCACCACCGCAUUCUCCUCAUCGACUCCAUUAACAUCAGGGACGCCGACACCAGCGACUGCUAUCCCCCCACGCGCUUUUCAGCCCACCGCGCUUCCGUCACCCGAUCCCACCCUUCCACGUUCGCAUGCCAGCCCGGUCAGUGCCAUUGAUCGGCAUGGAGGACCGGUUGGCCUUGGUUCUUCCCUAGCAACUCUGCCUUCCCCUCCAACGCGAGACACCCCACCAGUGUCUAUUAAUCGGCCACAUGAACCACAGACCAGAGGACUACCGACACCUGCAACAGUAGCCAAUACCGUCAUCCUUCCGGAGCCAGUUCAAGGGGCCACCGUAAUUCCCAGAGAUCAGUCGCAAACAGCUGGCAAUGCCGAACCACGAUCACAACUGCCGGGACCUGGCGAUCCUUCGGCGCGCCCUCAAGCGGCCUCCUGGAUAGGCAUACCAGCAUCGCCGGUGCCUCAGGGAUUUCAGCAACCACUUGUUGUACGACCGGUCCCUAUGUUGCCAAUAGACCGGACGCUGUGCAAACAGUGGCUGGAGAAGCUGGACACUUUUGCGGCUGAAGCGACUCGCAACAAGAUAAUCUCCGAGGUCAUUGAGUCUCCGCGGGUUCGCCUGCUGCAGAGCGCCCUACUGGACAAUGACCCCGUCUACCUGGCUCUGCACCAGAUGUAUUGCAUGGCAUCCUAUGCUCCCUCGGAAUUGCGCACAUUGCCAGGCUUCGGUCCGGAGCAGGAGAGAGGGUUUGCCGUAGUCAAGCAGCUCCUGGUGGAUAACCGUCGGCUCUCCGGAGAUUUCCUGCUGUUCUGUGUGAAUUUCCCGGAACCAAUGCAACAGCUGCUUGCUCUUCCUUGGUGGCGGGAUGCUUUAGAGCAGGUCAUGAACUCCUUGGUCCUCCUCUCUCAAAGGUGGGACAGCUUUGAGCAAGCCACGCGCAGGCGUGGCCUACCCCCACUGAUCGAGGAAAUCAUCAUGACUUUCGACAUCCGAUCACAUGUCACGCAAUACAACAUCUUCCUGGCACUGUAUCGACGACUUCCUCUGCAGAAUGGGGAGCACAAGCUCUUUGAGAUCUUCAAUCGAGACGCCAAAUACACAGAUGAGCGUUUGGACUCUCCCAAGCCAGUGUCGGCAAUGCGCGCCAAAAAGGAGAGGGACAUCAUUCUCUCCAUGUAUCACAAAGAACUCACAUCCACGCCCCGGGCGACCACUGCAAACCAGCCUCACAUUCACUCGCAACCGGUGGGGUCCCCCCAAGGCGCACCCCCUCAUUUCCCUCAGCAUCCAGCAUCAAGUGUGCCCGGAUAUGAGCCGAGGGUGAGCUCUCACGUCUCGAUUCCCGGAACCGGACCUGUUCCUGCCCCAAUUGCAUAUCCCUCGCAGACAUACAACCCGCAUUCUCCGCGUACGGUUCAGAUGCCUCAUCACCAUCCGUUAUAUCACCACCAUAAUCCUCCUCCGAUGAGUUACCCACCACAGGUGGUGCCUUCGCAAACGCAGACUAUUCACCCAAGCCCGGUAAAUACUCGUCCGCAAGGCUCGGUCCACCCACAGACAUUGUUACUUCCCUCACAAACAACGUCGCCACACCCCGCCAGCGUACCGACAGGAGUAGUCCCCUCAACAACGGCUACUCCUGGUCUGUCCCCUCUUUCGCAUACCCCUGCUUCCGCUCCUACUCUCGCUUCGCCUGCUACUCCAGCUUCGGCUUUAGGUCCGGCCCCUGUACAACGACGACGUGGCCGUCCCUCACGGUCCGCGCCGGCGAAUAACCAGACCCCGACGCAGUACAGGCUGAUGCCACAGGCAAGCAUGUCAAACCAGGGGGCUCCUCUUCCUUCUCCCACGUCAAUGAUCACUCCGCUUUUGCCUCCGCCAGGUUCACUUCCGCCGCCAAACCCACGACCUCAUUCGCUGCGGGACGGGUUGCAUCAAGCCCAUAUGCGUGGUCCUGUCAAUCGACUCAUCACUCAGACUCCUGCCGGCCCGCAAGAGACCCCGCUUUAUCAAUACUUUGAGUCCUUCGCCGCCAAGCCAACCCCGCUGGGUCAGGGCCAGUGGGACUGCCGCUUCGACUGGACGUUCAGUUUGACCAAGUCGGACGUCGAACGACUUGCGAAGAUUGAGCAACAUGGUGGUAAAUUGCAAACGACCCGGUUCAUUACAAACGGCCAGCAAAUCUUUCGUUUGCGAUGUAUUCGAAUCAACCCGUCAACAAAGACUAUAGACGACCACACCUGGUGCACCACCGAGACAUGCUGGCCCAGCGUGGUUUACAUCUUUGUCAACGAGGUGGAGCUUUUCGCCCGGCGUCGCCAACACAACGGCAAAGAUAUACCCCUCGAAAUCACGGAGCAACUGCAUGAGGGUCCCAAUACCGUCUCCAUGCACUUCCUUCGCAGCCCGGCCGAGAUGAGAGAUCAGCUAUAUGCCGCGGGCGUCGAGAUUCUCAAUGUCUCUGACCUGGUGUCGGCCUUGGACGCGGCGCAGAUCCUUCCCGCCUCGGAGUCUCUGCAGCAGAUCCAAAAGCGGCUCACAUCCAACCCCGACGAUGAAGUCAGCAUCGUGAGUGAGGACUUGGUCAUUGAUCUCGUCGACCCCUUCACUGCUCGUGUCUUCAACCGGCCUGUUCGCGGUCGCUUGUGCACCCACCAGGAGUGCUUCGAUCAUGAGACCUACAUCACCACCCGUGCUUUGAAGUCGGGGCGACGUACCCUCCGAGAAGACUGGAAAUGCCCUAUUUGCAAACAAGAUGCGCGCCCUCAGAUGCUAGUGAUUGAUGGGUUUCUCUUCAAUAUUCGCGAAGAGCUAUCCCAUACGAACCAGCUAGAGAAUGCGCGCUCAAUCCGCGUCAAAAGGGAUGGAUCGUGGACAUUGAAGUCAGACACCGUUUCAUCCACGGAACAGACCUCCGGGAGUGCCACCGCUCCUACGUCUGUACCCCCGAAGCGCAAAUCCAGUGAUUCAGUGGCGUCUAUAUCUCCUGCGUCGCAAAGGCCCAAAUGCGAGCGCACGACAUCCGACAAUCUCAUCCGAGUUUCCGAGCCAAAGGUGAUCGCGUUGGAUUAGCGUGCGCCUGCAUGCUUGUCUCCCUGAGGACCAAAAACAAAAUUGCUUCUUGCCAAAUUGAUACCAGCAUCGUUUCUUUCUUCCUACUUCUUCUUCUCAUGGUUCUUUGGCCAUUCUCCUAGCCUUUUAGCACCACUGUUGUUUUUCCUUUCUCCACAACGCUAUUUCCUGGCGUUGAGUCCUAUAUGA